GCGGCGGCGGCGGGACCCGAGCGCCAUGGCGGCCGCCGAGCGCCGCGCCUUCGCACACAAGAUCAACAGGACGGUGGCCGCCGAGGUGCGGAAGCAGGUGUCUCGGGAGCGCAGUGGCUCCCCCCAUGCCAGCAGGCGCAGCAGCAGCUCCUUGGGGGUCCCCUUGACGGAGGUGGUGGAGCCCCUGGACUUUGAGGAGGUGCUGCUGAGCCGGCCGCCGGACGCCGAGCCCGGGCCCCUCCGGGACCUGGUGGAAUUUCCCACUGAUGACUUGGAGCUGCUGCUACAGCCGCGGGAGUGCCGGACCACGGAGCCUGGCAUCCCCGAGGAUGGGAAACUGGACGGGCAGGUGCGGGCCGCCGUGGAGAUGUACACGGAGGACUGGGUCAUCGUGCACAGGAGGUACCAGCACCUGAGCCCGGCCUACAGCCCCGUCACCACGGAGUCACAGCGGGAGCGGCAGAAGGACCUCAGCCGCCAGGUCUUCGAGCAGGACGUCUGUGGGGACGAGCGGCCCAGCGCCGAGGACUCGGAGGAGGCCAGGCGCUCCGGCUCCCCGGAGGACACCCCACGCAGCAGCUGCGCCUCGGGCAUCUUCGACCUGAGGAACCUGGCGGCCGAUGCGCUGCUGCCGGCACUGCUGGAGCGGGCGGCGCCCGAGGACGUGGACCGGCACAACGAGGCCCUGCGGCGGCAGAACCGGGCCCGCGCUCUGCUCACCCUCUACCCGGCGCCCGACGAGGACGAGGCUGUGGAGCGCUGCGGCCGCCCCGAGCCGCCCCGGGAACACUUUGGACAGAGGCUGCUGGUGAAGUGUCUGUCGCUCAAGUUUGAGAUUGAGAUCGAGCCCAUCUUCGGGAUCCUGGCCCUGUACGAUGUGCGGGAGAAGAAGAAGAUCUCGGAGAACUUCUACUUCGACCUGAACUCGGACUCCACGAAGGGGCUGCUGCGGGCCCACGGCACCCACCCCGCCAUCUCCACCCUGGCCCGCUCCGCCAUCUUCUCGGUGACCUACCCGUCGCCCGACAUCUUCCUGGUCAUCAAGCUGGAAAAGGUCCUUCAGCAGGGGGACAUCGGCGAGUGCUGCGAGCCCUACAUGCUGAUGAAGGAGGCCGACGCGGCCAAGAACAAGGAGAAGCUGGAGAAGCUGCGCCUGGCGGCCGAGCAGUUCUGCACGCGCCUGGGCCGCUACCGCAUGCCCUUCGCCUGGACGGCCGUGCACCUGGCCAACAUCGUGAACAGCGCGGGGCCGCCCGACCGCGACUCGGACAGCGAGGGCGAGCGCCGACCCGCCUGGACCGACCGCCGCCGGCGGGGGCCCCAGGACCGCGCGAGCAGCGCGGACGACACCUGCAGCUUCUCUGGCUUCCGCCCGGCCACGCUGACCGUCACCAACUUUUUCAAGCAGGAGGCCGAACGGCUGAGCGAUGAGGAUCUGUUCAAGUUCCUGGCGGACAUGCGGCGCCCCUCGUCGCUGCUGCGGCGCUUGCGACCGGUGACUGCCCAGCUCAAAAUCGACAUCUCCCCGGCUCCCGAGAACCCCCCCUUCUGCCUGUCCCCCGAGCUGCUGCACGUCAAGCCCUACCCGGACCCCAGGGGCCGGCCCACCAAGGAGAUCCUGGAGUUCCCGGCGCGGGAGGUGUACGCGCCACACACCAGCUACAGGAACCUCCUCUACGUGCACCCGCACAGCCUCAACUUCAGCAGCCGCCAGGGCUCCGUGCGCAACCUGGCUGUGCGCCUGCAGUACAUGGCGGGCGAGGGCCCCAGCCAGGCCCUGCCGGUCAUCUUCGGGAAGUCCAGCUGCAGCGAGUUCACCCGGGAGGCCUACACCGCGGUGGUCUACCACAACAAGUCCCCCGAGUUCUACGAGGAGUUCAAGCUGCGGCUCCCGGCCUGCGUGACCGAGAACCACCACUUGCUGUUCACGUUCUACCACAUCAGCUGCCAGCCCCGGCCCGGCACAGCGCUGGAGACGCCCGUGGGCUUCACCUGGAUCCCGCUGCUGCAGCAUGGCCGCCUGCGCACCGGGCCCCUUUGCCUGCCCGUGGCCCUGGAGCAGCCCCCACCCAGCUACUCCAUGCUGACACCCGACGUGGCCCUGCCGGGCACGCGCUGGGUGGACGGUCACAAGGGCGUGUUCAGCGUGGAGCUCACGGCUGUGUCCUCCGUGCACCCCCAGGACCCCCACCUGGACAAGUUCUUCACCCUGGUACACGUCCUGGAGGAGGGGGCCUUCCCGUUCCGGCUCAAGGACGUCGUGCUGAGCGAGGGCACCGUGGAGCAGGAACUGCGGGCCAGCCUGGCCUCUCUGCGCCUCGCCAGCCCCGAGCCCCUGGUGGCCUUCUCCCACCACGUGCUGGACAAGCUGGUGCAGCUGGUCGUGCGGCCGCCCAUCAUCGGCGGCCAGAUGGUGAACUUGGGCCGUGGGGCUUUUGAAGCAAUGGCCCAUGUGGUGAGCCUUGUCCACCGGAGCCUGGAGUCUGCCCAGGACACCCGGGGCCACUGCCCACUGUUGGCCGCCUAUGUCCACUACGCCUUCCGCCUCCCCGGCACCGAGCCCGGCCUUCCGGGUGGGGCCCCGCCGGGCACAGUGCAGGCCGCCACCCUGGCCCGCGGCUCCGGCCGCCCCCCCAGCCUCUACCUGGCCCGCUCCAAGAGCAUCAGCAGCAGCAACCCCGACCUGGCCGUGGCCCCGGGCUCCGUGGAUGACGAGGUCUCCCGCAUCCUGGCCAGCAAGGGCGUCGAUCGCUCCCACUCCUGGGUGAAUUCCGCUUACGCUCCGGGCGGCAGCAAGGCCGUGCUGCGGCGGGCGGCCCCUUACUGCGGGGCCGACCCCAGACAGGCCACCGACCGCAGCUCUAGCCGGGCCUCCUCUUACCUCGAGGGUGCCUCGUCGGCCCCGCCGGCCGCCCAGCCGAGACCCACUGCGCAGAAGCUGCUGCACGAGGAGCUGGCUCUGCAGUGGGUCGUGAGCGGCAGUGCGGUGCGCGAGGCGGUGCUACAGAACGCCUGGUUCUUCUUCAAGCUCAUGGUGAAGAGCAUGGCGCUGCACCUGCUUCUGGGCCAGCGGCUGGACACGCCGCGAAAGCUGCGCUUCCCAGGCCGCUUCCUGGACGACAUCUCUGCCCUGGUUGGCUCUGUGGGCCUGGAGGUCAUCACCCGUACGCACAAGGACGCGGAGCUGGCCGAGCGCCUCAACGCCAGCCUGGCCUUCUUCCUCAGCGACCUGCUGUCCCUGGCGGACCGCGGCUUCGUCUUCAGCCUGGUCCGAGCCCACUACAAGCAGGUGGCGACUCGGCUGCAGUCGGCCGCCAACCCCACGGCACUGCUGACCCUGCGCAUGGACUUCACCCGCAUCCUGUGCAGCCACGAGCACUACGUGACCCUCAACCUCCCCUGCUGCCCCCUGUCACCCCCGGCCUCGCCCUCGCCCUCCGUGUCCUCCACCACCUCCCAGAGCUCCACCUUCUCCAGCCAGGCCCCGGACCCCAAGGUGGUCAGCAUGUUCGAGCUGAGUGGGCCAUUCCGGCAGCAGCACUUCCUGGCUGGGCUGCUGCUGACAGAGUUGGCGCUGGCCCUUGACCCUGAGGCCGAGGGAGCAUCCAUGCUGCAUAAGAAAGCCAUCAGCGCUGUGCACAGCCUGCUGUGUAGCCACGACACCGACCCCCGCUACACGGACGCCACCGUGAAGGCCCGCGUGGCCGAGCUGUACCUGCCGCUGCUGUCGCUGGCCCGGGACACGCUGCCGCGGCUGCACGACUUUGCCGAGGGCCCGGGCCAGCGCUCCAGACUGGCCUCCAUGCUCGACUCUGACACGGACGGUGAAGGGGACUUCGGAGGCAGCAUCAACCCCUCGGUGGCCAUGGCCAUUGCUGGUGGCCCACUGGCCCCUGGCUCCCGGCCCAGCGUCUCCCAGGGGCCGCCCACGGCGCCUCGCUCCGGCUGCCCGCUGUCGGCGGAAUCGAGCCGCACCCUGCUGGCCUGCGUGCUGUGGGUGCUGAAGAAUGCCGAGCCCGCCCUCCUGCAGCGCUGGGCUGCCGACCUGGCCCUCCCACAGCUUGGGCGCCUGCUGGACCUGCUGUACCUCUGUCUGGCCGCCUUCGAGUACAAGGGGAAGAAGGUCUUUGAACGAAUCAGCAGCCUCACGUUCAAGAAGUCGCUGGACAUGAAGGCGCGGCUGGAGGAGGCCAUCCUGGGAACCAUCGGCGCCCGGCAGGAGAUGGUGCGGCGCAGCCGCGAGAGGAGCCCGUUUGGGAACCAGGAGAAUGUCCGCUGGCGCAAGAGCGUCACGCACUGGCGACAGCCCCCGGACCGCGUGGACAAGACCAAGGAUGAGAUGGAACACGAGGCCUUAGUCGAUGGGAACCUGGCAACCGAGGCGAGCCUGGUGGUGCUGGACACGCUGGAGAUCAUCGUGCAGACAGUGAUGCUGUCGGAAGCCCGGGAGAGCGUGCUGGGCGCCGUGCUGAAAGUGGUCCUGUACAGCCUGGGCAGCGCCCAGAGCGCCGUCUUCCUGCAGCACGGCCUGGCCACCCAGCGAGCCCUGGUGUCCAAGUUCCCGGAGCUGCUGUUCGAGGAGGACACGGAGCUGUGCGCCGACCUCUGCCUGCGGCUCCUGCGCCACUGCGGCAGCCGCAUCAGCACCAUCCGCGCGCACGCCAGCGCCUCGCUCUACCUGCUCAUGCGCCAGAACUUCGAGAUUGGCAACAACUUUGCCCGCGUCAAGAUGCAGGUGACCAUGUCGCUGUCGUCCCUGGUGGGGACGACCCAGAACUUCAGCGAGGAGCACCUGCGACGCUCGCUCAAAACCAUCCUCACCUACGCCGAGGAGGAUGCGGGCCUGCGGGACAGCACCUUUGCCGAGCAGGUCCAGGACCUGAUGUUCAACCUGCACAUGAUCCUGACGGACACGGUGAAGAUGAAGGAGCACCAGGAGGACCCAGAGAUGCUCAUGGACCUCAUGUACAGGAUCGCCCGGGGCUACCAGGGCUCCCCGGACCUGCGGCUGACGUGGCUGCAGAACAUGGCGGGCAAGCACACGGAGCUGGGCAACCACGCGGAGGCGGCGCAGUGCAUGGUGCACGCGGCCGCGCUGGUGGCCGAGUACCUGGCCCUGCUGGAGGACAGCCGCCACCUGCCCGUGGGCUGCGUGUCCUUCCAGAACAUCUCGUCCAACGUGCUGGAGGAGUCGGCCAUCUCCGACGACAUCCUGUCGCCCGACGAGGAGGGCUUCUGCACCGGGAAGCACUUCACGGAGCUGGGGCUCGUGGCGCUGCUGGAGCAGGCGGCCGCCCACUUCACCACGGGCGGGCUGUACGAGGCGGUGAAUGAGGUCUACAAGAACCUCAUCCCCAUCCUGGAAGCCCACCGCGACUAUAAGAAGCUGGCGGCCGUGCACGGCAAGCUGCAGGAGGCCUUCACCAAGAUCAUGCACCAGAGCUCCGGCUGGGAGCGCGUCUUCGGCACCUACUUCCGAGUGGGUUUCUACGGCGCGCGCUUCGGCGACCUGGACGAGCAGGAGUUCGUGUACAAAGAGCCGUCGAUCACGAAGCUGGCGGAGAUCUCACACCGGCUGGAGGAAUUCUACACGGAGCGCUUUGGGGAGGACGUGGUGGAGAUCAUCAAAGACUCCAACCCCGUGGACAAAUCCAAGCUGGACCCGCACAAGGCCUACAUCCAGAUCACCUACGUGGAGCCGCACUUCGACACCUACGAGCUCAAGGACCGCGUGACCUACUUCGACCGCAACUACGGGCUGCGCACCUUCCUGUUCUGCACGCCGUUCACGCCCGACGGGCGCGCGCACGGCGAGCUGCCGGUGCAGUACAAGCGCAAGACGCUGCUCAGCACGGACCACGCGUUCCCCUACAUCAAGACGCGCAUCCGCGUGUGCCACCGCGAGGAGACAGUGCUGACGCCCGUGGAGGUGGCCAUUGAGGACAUGCAGAAGAAGACGCGGGAGCUGGCCUUCGCCACCGAGCAGGACCCACCCGACGCCAAGAUGCUACAGAUGGUGCUGCAGGGCUCCGUGGGGCCCACGGUGAACCAGGGCCCCCUGGAGGUGGCGCAGGUGUUUCUGGCCGACAUCCCGGAAGACCCCAAGCUCUUCCGCCAUCACAACAAGCUGCGGCUCUGCUUCAAGGACUUCUGCAAGAAGUGCGAGGACGCCUUGAGGAAGAACAAGGCUCUGAUCGGGCCGGACCAGAAGGAGUACCACCGGGAGCUGGAGCGCCACUACGGCCGGCUGCGCGAGGCCCUGCAGCCCCUGCUGAGCCAGCGCCCGCCCCAGCUGCUGGCCCUGGCCCCGGCCGGCCUCAGGAACUCCCUGAACAGAGCAAGUUUCCGGAAGGCGGAGCUGUGAGCCCGAGGACCCAGCUGACCGCGCCCUGCUGGGGGGUCUAACCCAAGCUGCCCACGGGCCGCGGCUCGGGCCCUCUGUCUUCCCACCUGUGCGCACUGAAACUCCCUCUCUCUUUUAAUUUAAAAUGGUUUUUAUACGCAUGUGUGGUGUCUGUGUGGU